CGCAUGAACACACAGCACACCCCACAGCAUACAACAAAAAGAUCAUUUGUUUUUACACAUAGUGUAUAUAAUACUGCCAUACGCUCAUUAUUAUAUACACUAUGUGUAAUAUAUCUUAUACUUUCUGGGUAUACACUCUCAGUAUGCAGUAUGCCAAUUAGUAAAUUGCCCACCGUAUUACUAAUGAUUAGUUAUUCUAUGAUAGGCAUUAAAGUACUCUAUAUACUAUGCAUUGUGAUAUACUUGUCCAUAUAUAACCAUUUCUUUAUAACCAAUGUGUAUUAUAAUAUGAAACUGUCCAUUAUUUAUAACACAUACCUUCAUAUAUUCUCUUCUAAGCUGUAUACUAAUAUUAGCUGUAUUAGUUAUAUCUUGUCUUGUUUAUACUUGCUCAGUGCAUAUACUAUUAUUUAUUACACAAAGUGUACUAUAUUCUCGUGUAUAUGCCUUACAUGGAAUACUUUUAUAUAUUUAUUAGUAUCAUUAUAUACGGGAUAUUUAUACGGGAACUAUUUAGUCACAAAUCCUUAUAAGCCAUGGGACAGUCAAUUAGUGUAUUACUUAUUACAUAAUGUGUAUAAAAAAGUGUAUAAAAUACCCGGCUUAUCCAUCAUGUAUAUUAUACAAAUAUUAAAAGUAAGUGUACAGAAAGUCUUAUGCACGUAUAAUAAAAAAAGUAUUACUAAUAAUAUUACACAUAGGUGUAUAAGUAAUAACCAUAACACAUUAUAUAAUACACAUAGUAGUAUAAGUAACACAUUAUAUAAUACACAUAGUACACUAAAUAAUACUAACAGUAUACUAAAUAAUAUACAUAGUACACUAAAUAAUACUAAUAACACUAUGUGUAAUAAGUCAUCACAAAUUAAACCCAUUAGAUAUGAUCAAAUAGAUAUAAUACUUUUAAAUCAUAUUCUAUUUAAUAAUUAUACUUAUAAUACAGUAGAUAAUAGAUUUAGUACAUAUUAUAUUAUUACUAAGUCUAUGUUUAUUAGUAAUAUUGUUUCCAUUAUUAUCUCUGGUAAUUUAUUUUUAUUUUUUAUUUUUUUAUUUGAUUAUAAAAAUAUUUUUAGUUAUUUAUUAUACUUUACUAUAUUUACAGUAAUUAUCAUAUCAUGUAUAAUAGGUGAGAGCAUGUCUAUUAGGUCUAUGAUGAUAUUUAAAGAUAUUUAUGGUGAUAAUUAUAAUAAAGAAAUAAAUUUAGUAUAUGAGGAUAUAUUGCAUAAUAUGUACUAUAUUCUAUUAAAUAUAGAUAAUGCAGAGUAUAAUAGUAAUAAUAUUAUAUAUGAUAUAAGACUAAUAGAUACAUUAGAUAAGAUAUAA